GUGGCUGAGGUGACGAAGUUAGAGAGAGAAGGUGGGAGGAGUGUCCAUACAUUCAAUGGUGCAAUCAAACUCUCUCUCUUCUUUCUCAGGAGAGAAAAUGAGGGAAAAGAAAAGAAAAGAAAAUAAAAGAAAUUUGGGAGGGAGAUGGGGACAAGCGUCCUGGAGGUGCAUGUGGCGAGACGUCAUUGGCCAUGUGCUUUUCGCUCCGGGGCUUCCACAACAACCCAACUCCUGCUGCCUUGUCAAUGUCCUAUGAGGCCCGGUGAAUCAGUACCGGCUAAUAAUAAAUGCAGACCCAAGAUCCAAAGAUGAAGGAAAAAGGUUCAACUAGUCCAAUGAUUAACCGAAACUGGGGCUCGAAGUGCAAAAGAAGAAAACUUCCAUAUGCAUAUAUAUCCAAUGGUAAAGAUGGAAACUCUAUAGCCUUGAAAAUAUCCGACGAUAAAGAUGGAAACUCCAUAGCCUUGGAAACUGCAUCAAGUACUUCUUCAUCUAAAUGCAAGAUGAAGAAUAAAACAAGUUCUGAUUACUCGCAAGGAGAAAAGAAAUGAUGGGUACUAUUAUGAGUGUGUGAUCUGUGAUCUUGGUGGAAACUUGCUUUGUUGUGACAGCUGUCCCAGAACAUAUCACCUUCAUUGCCUUAAUCCUCCUCUUAAGAAAAUUCCAACUGGAAAGUGGCAAUGCCCAAAAUGCUGUCUGAAAAGUGAUUCAAGUGAGCCCACAAACCAUCUGGAUCCCACCUUAAAACAGAUGCCGACAAAACUUAUCAUUGGAAAAUCAAAAACUGCAAUCAAACCAUCUGGCACUGACAAGGUAUCACAGAUUUUUGGGAGCUCUGUUCCUGGAAAGAAAAGAUCAGAGAGCAAAAGAAAAUCUUCCUUAUCUCAAGGAGUACAAUAUGUUGAAAAGCAUAUCAAUGCAUCUGUGGAGCCCGUCAUCUCUCACGUGCAGAGGGUGAUUUAUCACUUGUGAAUAUUGAUAAUGAGAUAGAACCCGAAUCAUCUUCAAUAGACAAACCAGGAGAAAAGAAGUCAGUGUCUCCUGCAGUGAAAGUUUCUUCUCUAUCAAGGACUAUGAAGUUGAAAUCAAACAAUGAAGCUCCUGAGAAGAAACCUGACAUGUCUGAUGAUAAUGGAUCUCCAGUUUACAAAAUUGUUUCCGGGGCAGCUAUGCAAAAGGAAAAGGAAAGAAAGCAUACGACUCAUAUCAGUGGCACUCAAAAGAAGCCUUGGGCUGAUGAAGGUAAAUGCACCAUGAAUUUUUCUCGUAAACGUCGUUCCAAAGCAAAUUCUGCACGUACCAGAACUAGCAAAUUGCACCGAAAACAUAUUAGUGCUGACCACGCUUCUGCUUCUGGGUCAAAGGAGGAUAUUCGAACCAAGAGUGUGGAUAUCCAGCUAAAAGAUGAGCUUAUUGCUGAGGAAGCAGAGGAUCCCUCACAUCAACCGCAAACAGAAAAAAAUGUAGAUGGCACAGUGACCUGUAAAUACCAUGUUCCUGGUGAAGUUCAAGUGGUUGAUCGGGUCUUGGGGUGCCAAGUGCAAGGUGAUAACAAGAACUCAUGCGAGAUCUCUCUGAUGCUUGCAAAUGACUUGCCUUCUGAGGAUUUAUCACUUCUGGACAAGAAAAAUAGAGUAGCAAAGGAAAAACCUGACAGUGACAAGAUUUUGGAUGGGGGAACUGCCGAAGAUUUCACUGAGGGCCUUCAGAAUAUCAUCAGCCGUUCUGAUGAGGUGACAAGCUUAAACAACAAUACAAGAGUAGAAAAGUUACAAGUAUAUAGAAGAUCAGUGACCAAAGAAUUUAGAGAAGGGAAGGCUGUGGAUUCAGCAAGGAGAGAUACCAAUGAUUCCAGUUCUACAGCCACAAAUGGUAAAAAUCAAGAUGACUCUGUUGUGAAUGCAGAAGUCUUGGAGAAAACACCUGAGAUUUCCAGAGUACAGAAUACUACUGUUUGUUUGAGAAGUCAUGGUGAUAGUGAGGUUUCAAAAAAUUGUCAAACCCUUGUUUCUCAUGAAAUCAAAGACACAAAGGAGGCAAACAUAGAAAUAAGAAUGAAUGGCAACCCUGAUAAUAAAACUCAGUUGGCUGAAUUGGCAUCCUCUGAUGUAGUAACAGUCUCGUAUGAGUUUUUAGUCAAGUGGGUCGGGAAAUCUCAUAUUCACGACAGUUGGGUUUCUGAAUCUCAGCUGAAAGUUCUGGCAAAGAGAAAACUAGAUAAUUCCAAGGCAAAGUAUGGGACAGCAGUGAUAAAUAUCUGCGAGGAACAGUGGUAGCUGCCUCAGCGGGUGAUUGCUCUUUGUUCCUCCAAAGAUGGUUCAGAUGAAGCUUUUAUAAAAUGGACUCAUCUUCCUCAUGAUGAAUGCACUUGGGAAAGAAUAGACGAGUCUGUAAUUGCGAAAAUGUCCCAUCUGAUUGAUUUAUUUAACCAGUUUGAACUCCGGACAUUGGAAAAAGAUGCUAGGAAGGAUGAUAUGCCAAGAGGAAAGGGGGAUUGUCAACAAAGUGAGAU